UAUGACUACGGAAAGAAGAAAGGGAAAAACGGUUCGGAUAUGCAGGCGCGGAUGGACAAAUCCCGAUCGGAAUACAUCAUUGGAAUCAAUCAGCAUAAGGCACCAUGUGACGCUGUAGAUCGUUGUGGCGAAGACCAAGGCAAAAGCACACAUAAAUACAUCGAAUUUUCACUGGUUUAA